AUAAUCUGUCAAUCUUCAACUCACAGGGGGAGAGGUCAGUGUGGCUAGCAUAGCAGGCUGCACAGCAGAGCCAUCCAGGAAGUCAACAAAGUUGCUAAUUAACAUCAGUUUCAGUUUGUUUUUUCUACAGUAGAGUUAUACAACGGUAUGAGUUCUGCUGCCCCUCCGACUAUUGGGGAGUUGUUCCUCAUCCUCAGUGAGAUGGGUUUCACAGAGGAACAGAUCCAGGCAGCUGUGCAGGCGGGGCAUUUUUCUGUGCCAGAGGCAGCAGAGUGGCUCUUACAGGGUCAGUAUCCACGGCACAGGUUGGUCAAACAGUCAUCACAGCCUGGAACUGCAUUUUCUGCUUUCAACCCACCCAAAGAGGCAGCAAGCACCUCAGAGUCACCUACGUCUCCCACUGAUAGUAGAGCGUGUCCUUCAUUGGUGCUGAGACCGUCACAAUCAUGCAACCUCUCCCCAGAACCACUACCGGUUGAGUCGCGCAUCAAACACGACAAAAGCGACUUUGAAGAACAAGAAAGACAACGUGUCGCUCAAGAAGCCAGAGCAGAGAGAAGACAAAAGAAACAGGAGCGCGAGUUGGUUUUAAAGCGGAUAGCUGAGGAUCGGAGGAGCUUGCAGGAGAAGAGCCAGACCAGCACCUCCACAGAGACGUCUCCUCCUGGUGGAGGGCAGAAGCUUGGAGGAAAGAUUCAGACAAAUGUUGAUAACAACUGCAUCCUCAUGAUCCGGCUGCCAUCCGGCGAGUCAAUGCGCGAACGCUUCCCAGCUGACGCCCCCCUGCGCACCGUCGUGGAGCACAUCACCGGACGUCACCCCUCCUUGGCCUCCUUCUCCCUCCUCCAGGGUUUCCCUCGGAAACGUUUCGGGGAAGCGGAGCUUGCCUGCUCACUGCACUCCCUCGGCCUCACGCCCAAUGCUGCACUGUGCAUUCAGACCACUCCUCCAGAAACGCCUCAGGAUCCACGGAGUCCUGUGGAGCAGCCAUCGGCAGGACAGAAUGAGCCAUCUGCGUGUAUUGUGCCUCCUCAGUCUCAUAUCCCUGUCCCGGAGGGGGCGGGAGAGCAGGAACCUUUUCUCCCCCCUCCACUACCCAACCAGCUGUGGGAAGAGGCAGUUAAUUAUGCAGGGAUCCCCGGAGUUGGUCCUUCAUUCUCUGGCCCGUCUCACUUCUGGGGGCGAGGCCAGAGGCUGGUCCCUGGUAAUGCAGAGGAAGCUGUUGGCAUAGAGAUUGAUGAGGAACAAGAAGGAGAGGAAGAACCACCUCACAUGCUCAACGGAAUGCCAAGGCUGCCUUUCUUUCCAGAGAACAGGAUUCGAGGAGGAUUUGAGCCCAGGCACCACUGGCCAGAGCAAGGAAAUCGACUCAGGGAGGCUCCAGCAGAGGACCCAGCAGAGCCUGAGGAUGCAGGAGGCCGGGUGGCGCCUGCAGCUGCAGGUCAGGCUGCAGUGGAGCGUCUUCUCGCCGUGCAGAGAGCUGCACAGCAAGAAGACCUCCCUGCCUCCCAGGGACAGCCAUCACCGCCUAAAAGACCCUUCAGGACACCCAGUGUGCCAUCCCUAUGUGCCUUGGCCAUCCGUGCAACUGUGCACCUCAUGACUGCUCCCAGCAUGCAAUACAGCAGCAGUCUGGCAUGCCUGACCCCGGAGCUAGCAGAGCUUCUGCUCAACUACAUGUCCCGGGAAAGGCUCCUUCGUCCGCGCACCCUGGAGCUCUUCUUUGGCUGCCCAUUGCAGAAAUUUGUUCUUAACUGCUACCCUUACUCCACCAAUGAGCUCCUGCGGCAGUUAAGGGCCUUUACAGCGCUGAAGCAUCUGAGUCUUGUCAACUCACCUCUCAUCACUGACUCUGGUCUGUCGAUCCUGUCCAGCCUGGUCAAACUCCAGUACCUCAACCUCGCUUCCUGCAGCAAACUGACUGACUCCUGUCUCCAGCAUAUCAGAGGUUUGAAGAGUCUGUGUUUCCUGUCACUGGACCAGACCAAAGUGACCGAUGCUGGGAUGGUGCUGUACCUCCAGUCGGCUCCGUCCUGCCUCUCUCAGCUCAGCCUGAACCAGACGGCAGUGACAGAGGCUACAUUGGUAGUCCUUCCCACCUGUGUGCCACAGCUGCGACUUCUCAGCAUCAAGCAGACUAAGGUUGAGGAUGUCUCGGCUUUAGCAGAGCUGUCCAGCCUGCAGACUCUCAACCUGGAUGGGACAGGUGUGACAGAGGUGUCACUGAAGCACCUUGCCACCCUCCCUGCCCUGUCUUCCCUCAGUUUGGCGGGAAUUCCUGUCGCUGAUGGCAAUCAUGCCCUGCAGAUCAUCUCAGGUCUAAAGUUGACUCACCUCACCCUCCCUGGACGCCACUCUGUGAACGACACUGGGCUGUCACACCUCUCUACCCUGUCUCUGCUUUUGGAGCUGGACUUGACAGACUACACACAAGUCACAGACCUGGGAGUCAAACAGCUCUCCACCAUGACCAGGCUGAAGAAGCUGUCACUCAGCAACACUCAGGUGACAGAUGCAGGACUUCCCUCUCUGCGUGGCCUGCAGGAGCUGCAGGAGCUGUGUUUGGACCGGACAGCGGUCACAAGCCGAGGAGUGGCUGAACUCAUCGUCUGUCUGCCGCAUCUCCAGGUGUUGGGGUUAGCCAGCACUCAGGUGGGGGACACGGUAGUGAGGAGAGGUCUGAUCCGUUGCAAUCAGCUUGUUAAGCUUAAUCUCAGCCGCACACGGAUCACAGACCACGGUCUGAAGUUUCUGAAACACAUGCGCCUGGCUCAGGUGAACCUGGAUGGCACCGGCGUGAGUCUGAUGGGUAUCGCGAACCUCCUCUCUUUCACCAACAUCAGCAGCAUUCGGGCCAGCAACACCCGUGCCAUACCCCCCGAUGAGGUGUCAGACGAGGAGUGAGAGGCCCAGUGAGCGUGCAUACCUCCGGCCAGUCCACGCGUUACCGUACCUGAGCACGCCUCCGACUCCUGCUGUCCUGUUAUAGCCCCUGAAACAUGCUGCCACCAGGACACGCACCUGGAAACAGUGUAACCGAAACACUCCUUCAACUUGCACUGUUUCAACUGCAGCUAGUGCCACUAAUCUGUCAAUCACGCACGCUAAGUUGAAAUCUUGAACGGGAGCCUUGUGUUUAACAGUUAGGCCAUUUAUAACGUUUACAUAUAUAGAAUCAACCAGUAUUUACUCACAUACACUGCAGCCCUUUGUCCUUCUGACAAACUUUAUAGCUUUAAAGCUUUAUGUGCAGCCUUAUAGGUUGGAGAUAACUGCAUUUCUCCUGGUUGGCACUUGUUGAGCCGACUGGCAGAAAUAUACUUUAUGUUGGAAAUGUAACGUAUAACACAGCAUGUAUUUUCAGACUGUAAUGACUAACAUAAUGACUUGACUAGAAAGUAAAUGACAGCCUAAUUGUCAAUUUAACCAAAUGUGGUUGAAGAUGUUUUGGAAGAAUGUGAAGGCAGAUAAUGUCUUCCAAUCAUCAUUUUGUCACUUUUAGUAGUGGAACUAACAUUGAUUUUUGAGCUGUAUUCAUUUCAUAUUGGAUUUAUCUGAAAUUAAUUGCCUGCUGGGAAAACAAACACACACUAUUGAAGGCCUGCUGAUGAGCUGAUAGCAUCAGCUCAGUAGUGAUAAUCUUAAUUUUCAGUUUAACACCAUAACACAAUAAGCUCUGGUGAAGAAAGGUAAAAGAUGUUGGCUGCUGUUAGUUUACAAGUGGCUUCAGAUUCACCAAGAAGUUUGGGAUGUGUUUGCCAUUAAACGGAUGAAUGCCCAACACAUUUCCAUUCCAGUUUUACCUGAACACAGCUGUUGUAAGUGGCUUUAGAAAAGGCGUCAGACUUCAGAAUUCAUUAUGAUUCUAUAACUUUUGGAAUCACACUUGUAUGAAUGGUGAAAACUAAGAAUUAAUUUUCUUUUAACUGCAUCCUGGAGAUGCUCUGGCCUCAGUUGAUAUGUUUUAUAAGUGGCUUUCAGGUGACCUUCUUUUAUUAAUUUUGGUUUGCCAAGAAAUGCUGUUUUUCUUUUGGGACAGCUUAGCCAUUUUUAGUUACCUGGAAAACUGGGUGAGCAGCAUACACACAGUGUAGUUUAGUGGCUUUAAUAGGAGACAGGAUCUAUGCAGCCAUGGGGCUCACCAAGUCAGAAUCCAAAGCAACUUCUUAUCACUUCAAGUUUUGUCCUCUUGUUUACAGAGAUGUAAAAUAGUUUAUUUUCCCUAAAAGCUUUUGAUUUGUGGAUACAAGCACUGUAUUCAUGAAGUUUAAAAUGAAUAAUAAAGUCUUCUCAAUUUAAA